AUGGACAAACUCCUCAACAAAGUCCCCAACCAAGCCCCCGACGGGCCCCUCGGCACAGACAAAAAAGGCCCCCUCUCCGCCCUCGGCGACCCACUCGGAAACCUCCUCUCCUACACGCUCGCACCUCUCGGACACGUAACCAAAGCGAUAGGAAAUCCUCACGGAGAAGCGCUCAUGGAAGUACGACGUACGGCGGAAUUCGAGGGGAUUGGGAAAGGGGGAGAAGGGAAAUUUUUGAAAUCUUUUGAUAAUGAUGGUCGUGGGAAGAAGAAUGGGAAAGGGGUUGUUGAUGUUGAUGAUGAUGGGAAGGAGGAAAAGGGAGAGGGGUUUGGGGGGAAGGAGCAGACGGGGGAUAAUCAUUUGGGGUUGUGA